UAGAACAAUCCUACCCUUAAAAAAAAAAAGUAAUUUGGCUCAUUUAUUAUUGAUAUUCUUAUGAGACAAAACAAACAAUAUUAACCAGAAAGACAGAAAAAGCAGAGUAUUUGCAGAGGAAAUGAUGGAGUCUGUUUUCUGUCUCCUCAAUUUCUGAUUUUCUUUGUGUUUCAAGUCUUUCAAAUUCUCUCCUUUUGUUUAAGUCUUGUGGUGUCUAAGGUUUGAAAAACACCAACUUUAUUGAUAUGGAAAACAAGGAUGAAACUAUGGAUGCUGUGCUUAAGGAAGCUGUUGAUUUGGAAAAUGUGCCACUUGAAGAAGUUUUUCAAACUUUGAGGUGUAACAGAGAUGGUUUAACCACUGAAGCUGCAGAGCAAAGGCUUUCUAUUUUUGGCUAUAAUAAGCUUGAGGAAAAACAGGAGAGUAAAAUUUUGAAGUUUUUGGGGUUUAUGUGGAACCCUCUCUCGUGGGUUAUGGAAGCUGCUGCUAUCAUGGCUAUUGCUCUUGCCAAUGGAGGAGGGAAACCACCUGACUGGCAAGAUUUUGUUGGGAUUAUUACUCUUCUUACUAUUAAUUCAACAAUAAGUUUCAUAGAAGAGAACAAUGCUGGCAAUGCAGCUGCUGCUUUAAUGGCUCGUCUUGCUCCUAAAGCUAAGGUUUUUCGAGAUGGGAAGUGGUCUGAAGAAGAGGCCUCUAUUCUUGUUCCAGGUGAUAUCAUCAGCAUUAAACUCGGGGACAUUAUUCCGGCAGAUGCUCGACUCCUCGAUGGUGAUCCACUCAAAAUCGAUCAGUCUUCGUUAACCGGUGAGUCUCUUCCGGUAACGAAAGGCCCCGGUGACAGUAUUUACUCGGGUUCUACAUGCAAACAAGGAGAGAUUGAAGCCGUCGUGAUCGCCACAGGUGUUCAUACGUUCUUCGGCAAAGCUGCUCACCUUGUUGAUUCCACAAAUCAACAAGGUCACUUUCAAAAGGUGUUGACUGCCAUUGGUAAUUUCUGUAUAUGUUCCAUCGCGGUCGGAAUGAUAACAGAAAUCAUCGUUAUGUACCCGAUUCAGGACCGUGAUUAUCGUCCUGGAAUCGACAAUUUGCUGGUACUACUCAUUGGAGGAAUUCCUAUUGCCAUGCCCACAGUUCUAUCUGUUACAAUGGCAAUUGGGUCUCAUCGCUUAUCUCUUCAGGGAGCUAUAACAAAAAGAAUGACAGCAAUAGAAGAAAUGGCAGGCAUGGAUGUCCUUUGCAGUGAUAAAACUGGAACUUUGACAUUGAACAAGUUAUCAGUUGACAAAAAUCUUAUCGAGAUUUUUGCGAAAGGAGUAGAUCCCGAUACUGUAGUUCUGAUGGCAGCUCGUGCAGCUCGGCUGGAAAACCAGGAUGCCAUUGAUGCUGCUAUAGUAGGGAUGUUGGCUGAUCCAAAGGAGGCACGAGCCGGUAUUCAAGAAGUUCACUUCCUUCCAUUCAAUCCAACCGAUAAGCGAACGGCUCUUACAUAUAUCGAUAAUCAAGGUCGAAUGCACCGAGUCAGCAAAGGUGCACCUGAACAGAUUCUGAAUCUUGCACACAAUAAAUCAGAGUUGGAACGUCGAGUUCAUGCUGUAAUUGAUAAGUUUGCAGAGCGCGGAUUGCGGUCACUGGCAGUAGCAUAUCAGGAAGUUCCUGAAGGACGAAAGGAGAGCUCAGGAGGUCCAUGGCAAUUUAUUGGCCUGAUGCCUUUGUUCGAUCCACCUAGACAUGACAGUGCAGAUACAAUACGAAGGGCGUUGAAUCUCGGAGUGAACGUGAAAAUGAUCACAGGUGAUCAACUGGCGAUAGCAAAGGAAACAGGACGCCGUCUCGGAAUGGGAACCAAUAUGUAUCCCUCAUCAGCCUUGUUAGGACAAAACAAAGAAGAGUCUAUUGCUGCUUUGCCAGUUGAUGAGUUGAUUGAGAAAGCUGACGGUUUUGCUGGCGUUUUCCCUGGUAUCUUAACCUUUUGCUUUCCCAUCUUGACUUGUGAUGUUUGGAUGCAGUUUAUCUAUAAUGUGGUGCUCGAUUUUGGUUCUAGAAUAUGCUUCUUCCCAUCCUUGUUGUUCGCUUAUAUGGCUUUUUGUAUAAUUGUCAAUGCAGAGCACAAGUAUGAGAUUGUGAAGCGCUUACAAGCCAGGAAACAUAUAUGUGGAAUGACUGGUGAUGGGGUCAAUGAUGCUCCUGCUCUUAAGAAAGCAGACAUCGGCAUAGCUGUGGCUGAUGCAACCGAUGCAGCUCGUAGUGCUUCUGACAUUGUCUUGACCGAACCUGGUCUUAGUGUCAUCAUCAGUGCUGUACUAACCAGUCGAGCCAUAUUCCAGAGGAUGAAAAACUACACAAUAUAUGCAGUCUCCAUUACAAUCCGUAUUGUGCUCGGUUUCAUGUUAUUGGCAUUGAUAUGGAAGUUUGAUUUCCCUCCAUUCAUGGUCCUCAUUAUUGCUAUCCUUAAUGAUGGUACCAUUAUGACAAUAUCCAAGGAUAGAGUGAAACCAUCUCCACUGCCAGACAGUUGGAAGUUAGCAGAAAUCUUUGCAACUGGAAUCAUUCUUGGUGGUUACUUAGCCAUGAUGACUGUCAUUUUCUUUUGGGCAGCAUACAAGACAGACUUCUUCCCUAGUACAUUUGGGGUUAAAAGCCUUCAGAAGACCGACCGCAAGGACAUAAAAAUGCUUGCUUCGGCAGUAUACCUGCAAGUGAGCAUUAUCAGUCAAGCUCUCAUAUUUGUAACACGAGCAAGAAGUUGGUCUUUCCUUGAGCGUCCCGGUUUUUUACUGGUUUUGGCUUUUGUCGUAGCUCAGCUGAUUGCUACAUUAAUAGCAGUAUAUGCAAACUGGGGUUUUGCUGCAAUUGAAGGUAUUGGAUGGGGUUGGGCAGGUGUGAUAUGGCUUUACAACCUUAUCUUUUACAUUCCGCUCGAUUUUAUCAAGUUCUUCAUCCGAUACGCCCUCAGUGGAAAAGCUUGGGAUCUCGUCAUCGAACAAAGGAUCGCUUUCACAAGGAAGAAAGACUUCGGGAAAGAAGAACGUGAACUGAAAUGGGCGCAUGCUCAGAGGACACUCCAUGGAUUGCAGCCACCAGACACCAAGAUGUUUGGCGACCGAACUAGUUACAAUGAACUUAAUCAAAUGGCUGAAGAGGCAAAGAGACGAGCUGAAAUUGCAAGGUUGAGGGAACUGACUACGCUAAAAGGGCACGUCGAAUCAGUAGUUAGACUGAAGGGUCUUGACAUAGACACAAUUCAGCAAGCGUACACUGUCUGAAAAAGACAUAAUACAUUUCGGCUCUACUUAUUGUACAUAUACUGCUGGGAGUAAUGACCUAUAAUAUGUCAUCUUAAUGCAGUAACUGCUUUCUUAUACGCUUAAAUCCUUCAUCUUCUUCAUAGACUCCUGUUUGUCAUGGCUUCAAUGUAAUUUUUGCAUACUGUUCUAUCUAUCUCCUUUCCAUACAA